AUGCAAGCACCUCGACUGCGCUUGAACGAGCGCGAGGCAAACCCGAAUCCUUAUGUCAUAUUUAUCAGGCCUUUGAUGAGCAAGAAGGACCACACUGAUGCCGAAGAUAUACUCAAAGCAGUCGGCAAGUUCAUCGAUCUGCCGUCUUCUGCCCAAAUGCGGACCAUCAUGAAAGAACGGUUCAUGCAAGUAGGCACCCUGGAAGAAGCAGCGUUCAAUCGGGUGUUCGCUGGAAGGAAUUGGAACCAUGGCCAAAGCAUCGAGCUUGUAUUGAGAGGACCUUCCGGUCGAUUCCUACCCCUGCCAUACAUCAUAUCAGUAAUGUGCCAUGAGAUGGCUCAUAUACAACAAAUGAACCACGGGCCAAAGUUCCAGAAGCUCAUGAACGACAUCAAAGCUGACGCGGGCAGAUUACAAGCUCGGGGAUACUAUGGCGAUGGAUUCUGGUCGGACGGGAAACGUUUGAAGGAUAGCGUGCGUAUGGGCGGUGAAGGGCUCCGCGCGUCCGACUUUCCGGAAUACGUCUGUGGUGUUAGUGCUUCGGAUGCCAAGAAAGCACGUCGAGCGCCCAGAAGACCAGCUUCGAGCGGCACCGGGCUCGUCAAAGGCGAAGCUUCACAUUUGUCGGGCAGGCAGACAGAGUAUAAGAGAAAGGCGGGGAGGAGGAAUAAUGCGGAUAUGGGGGAGACUGGAGCUAGGUUGGAUGGUGUUCGUGCUAUCACCAAGGCGGACAGAGAAGAUCGAAAAGCGUUCAUUGACGAGAAAGUGCAGACGCUCACUGAUGGAGGGAUGGCUGUGACUAGAGCAAAGAAGACGGCCGGGGAGAUGUGGGAGGAGGAGAAUCCGUGGUGGAUAGAGAGUAAUACAAGGAGCAAAGUAGCGAAAUCAAAGACAGCCGCCAACCUCCGGGCUGAAGCUGCCGAAGCCCGUCUCCGCGCACUUGCUCUCCCAUCCAAAGACAUCAAACCAAAAUCCGAGGAACUUCAACGCAUGGACGACAGCGAUGAAUCGGGCGCUGACGAGAUUCAAGUCGUCGAAGAUCCACACCUGAGUAUCGAAGAACGGAAGAGGGAGAUGGAGGAGGAUAUGGAUGAGGAAGAGAUGGAUGAUCUCAGGGGUGGAUGGGAGGAUUUCAUUACUGGAGACGAGAGACCGAAAGUGCCGGAAGUCGACAAGAAACGACAACGCUCGAUCUCGCCUGGUCCGUUAAAGCAACGCAAGAUUACAACUGCCAAACAUCAGCCUUUACCCCGGUUCAGUGCCGAUCUCGUCCGGGAGGAGAAGCUGCGUGCUUUGGGAUUGCCUUCUUCCUCGUCUGGGGCCGGCCGAAAGCGUACCCUGGGAUCAACUCCGGCGUCGGAAAUACCGACUCCUGCUCCAAGAAAUGACGUCCAAGUCCGAGAGGAUGGGACGGAGGGCUGGAGCUGCGCGGUGUGUACAUUCAUCAAUCUGAUGGACCAUGGGAGAUGUGAGAUGUGUCAAGCGAGACCAGACGGUACGAUACCAGAAAAAUAG